AUCGGCAUCUCCCUCCGUCCCACCGCGACUCCCCCAAUGCCGUCCACCGUCAUUCUCGGAGGCGGCAUCAUGGGCCUCUCCACCGCCUACUACCUCGCUUCCCUCUCCCGCCAGAACCCCGACGCCGCCCCCCACAUCAUCCACAUCGUCGAGCCCUGCCCCGAGCUCUUUGCCUCCGCCUCGGGCAAGGCCGGCGGCUUCAUCGCCAGAGACUGGUUCAGCCCCGCCCUUGCGAACCUCGGCAGCCUCUCCUUCGACCUCCACCGCCAGCUCGCCCAGGAGCACGACGGCCGUGCGCGCUGGGGCUGGUCCGAAAGCAUCUCCUACUCCCUCGACCGCAGCGCCGGCGCGGGCGCCGCCGACUCCGACUCCAAUUCCAACUCGGACGCCGCCACGUCCGACCGGAGUGCGUCCCCGCCCCCGUCCCCCCGCCCCGACUCGUCGGGCCGUGCGUCGCCCGCAAGCCUCGCGCCCCAUGGCGCAGAGGCGCAGGAGAACGGCAGCGCCCAGGGCGCCGACUGGGCCCUCGGCAUGACGCGCCUGUGCGAGUUCCUGCUCGAAGAGUGCAUCGCCAUGGGCGUGCGCCUGCACCAUCCCGCGCGCGCGACGAAGCUCGUGCACGCAGACCCGGGCAACCCCGCCUCGCAGGCCAUCAUCCGCGUCGACGUCCUCGCCACCACCAGCACCGGCCGCGAGUUCCACACCGGCAAGCUCGACCUCCCGUGCGACAGCCUCGUCCUCGCCGCGGGCUGCUGGACGCCCAGCGUCUUCCGCACGCUCUUCCCCCGCGCGCCGCGCGUCCCGACCGUCCAGGGCCUCGCCGGCUACUCCGUGACCGCGCGCUCGCGCGCGUGGAAGGGCCUGCACGCCGCGCCCGCGGCGGCGCCGUGCCACGCGGUGUUCACGUCGGACCCGAGCGGGUUCUCGCCGGAGCUGUACUCGCGCGCGGGCGGCGAGCUGUGGGUCGGCGGCGUGAACAGCGCGGCGCUCCCGCUGCCCGCGCGCGCGAUGGACGCGCGCCCGGACCGCGCGAGCAUCGAGCGCAUCGUCGCGGUUGCGCGCGCGCUGUGCGGGGACGACGUCGAGGUGCUCCAGGGCGGGCUGUGCUUCCGGCCGAACACGCCCUCGGGGAAGCCGAUCGUCGCGCGCGUGGCGGAGGCGGACCUGGGCGAGGGCGUGCGCCCGCGCGCGUGCAGUGGGCGGGGCGGCGGUGGUGGCGGCGGCGGGGUGUACCUGGCGGUUGGGCACGGUCCGUGGGGCAUCAGUCUCUGUCUUGGGACGGGGCUGGUGCUGAGCGAGAUGAUUUUGGGACGGCCAACGAGCGCGGACGUGGGGCUGCUGGCACAGUGGUAGAUGUGCGCCGCGAGCCGCGGUUUAAAAAGGUGCGGGAGAGCGGGAAGAAGGUGGCGCCUGGAAGGGUGUUGGUGUUGGUGCGCGAGAGUGCCGUGCAUUACAGAUCUGUCUACUGUAUGCUUCAUUCAGCUCAAAACU